AAUAGUUAUGAGGCGUCCUAUCACAUGUAGAGUUUCUCGGAAGCGAACGAAUCAGAAAAAUCCGUGCAAAGAGUAGGACACGUUCGCCAUAUAAUCCCCCGUAUUGCGCAGUGAUAGAAUGCGAGCGUACAGUUUUAAGGAAUUUCUCGUCGAAAGAUGCGAAGCAGUUAGCAGUGGUUAGCAGCAGUGUUGCCUUGUUCAGUCUUGUCUAUAGUGAUAUAUAUAAGUGUGCGUAUACAAGCAGCUAGUGCGGUGCAUUCGGUGCAAUAAAAUCGUUGAUCGUCGAGUCUUCUAACCCGUGCGUGGUGUUGUGUAGUGUCGCGCGAAGGUCGUGAACUUUUGCAAGAUUAUUCGAGAAGCUUGCGUCCGGAAGCACAUUACGAAAGAAAAGGUUAAAAGGAAAGGUGGACGAUUCUCCGCGAAAAGCCUCGGUAAAAUGGCGGUGAUCGGUACUCCGAUUGGCGCUAAGCGAUAGAAGAGGAUCGCGCUCUAUUCACGCUCGCCAAGUUUUGUUUUGAUCUAGUUCGAUAUCUAUUCUCACAGAAACCAGUCAAUUCUUGUCAUUUCCAAUCAUUCGCUUUCAUUUCGUCGGAUUCUAUUUAGCAUUGUGUGAAAUUAAAACGGCGUCCCAUUGACCGAAGGUAUAUAAUUUAGUCGAGAACGAUCAAGGUGGUAAGAAACCACCGUCGGAACGGUUUUCGACGGCCGUGAUGCCGCAUCGUUCCGACCUCGAAUUUAUCGAAAGGCCGAACGACAAGGACGACUCUAUCAAAUCCUUGUCGGCUUAUCUAUAGAUUUUAAAUUCUUAAAGAAACAUUUUAUCCGUCAAAAUGAAAAUUGAUCGAAAUAGGUUGAGAAAGUACACGUCAGAAGCGCCUGCAAAAUGUCAGGCGCUUAUAAACAAGUUGCGCUCAUGCUCCCAUGCAGAAUUGCUAGAGGAGCUAAAGCAAAUAGAUGCAUGGACUUUUGGUAAAUGUGAACUGUUCCAUUGGGUCGAUGUAUUGGAUCUUAGUGAUAGCAUUUUGGAAGAAGCUGCAGCUAAAAGUCCAGACAAUCCAUGGGAAUUAGCCUGUGAUCUCCCUCAGAAUAGAGAGGCAAAAGAGCUUCUUCUUUGGGUUCUUCACCUUACAACAUUGUUAAUCGAACACUCAUACUCAAGACAUUUGUACAGCAGUAUGGAACAUCUAGUGACUUUAUUAUCAAGCUGUGACAUGCAUGUUGUGCUUGGUGUACUGAAUAUUCUCUAUAUGUUUAGUAAACGUAGCACUUUUAUUGCACGUUCAAACAGUGACAAAAGGCAAGCUUUGUUAAGUAGGCUUACCCUUAUAGCAGAGAGUUGGGGUGGUAAAGAAAAUGGAUUUGGUUUAGCAGAAUGUUGUAAAGAAUAUCCAGAUAAGCCACUUCCUGCAAGUGCCACAACAUUGCAUUUUGAAUUUUAUGCAGAAAAUUCAGCAACAGAUACAAGUGCUACAUCAAAUACGGGUACAAAGAAAUCUGCACAGACAAAUUAUGUAACAUGUAUACACAUAGAAAAUGUGGACAAGCUGGGUAAAACUCCAGCACAAAUUAUGAAUGAUUUGUUAAAAGUCAAUAAUGUACCACAAGAUCGACAGAUUGCGUUAUUCACACAUAUAAGAUUGGCACACAGUUUCUCUGACUACCGAAGACGAUUGCAAUGUGUACAUGCCCGGUUGCAAGCAUUAUCAAUACUUGUAUAUAAUAGCGAACUACAAGAAAAUACACAUAGUUUGCUGCAUCCUGGGCUAUUAGAAGAGUUAGUUGAAUUACUGGAACUUCCACAUCCACAUCUUGUUGAAUUACGGGCAGCUGCAUUAAGAACUCUUACUAGUAUCAUUCAUUUAGAUCGUAAUCCACAUUUUCCAAAAAAACCUAGUUCAAGACUAAAUAUGAUAAUCGAUGUUACCGGAGCUAAUUCAUAUCAUGGAUUUUUUCCUGUACUAAUUCGUACUUGUAUUUCAACAUUAAUUUCCCCGCAACCUGAAGGGCAACCGUUCCCAUUAUCGCUUGCAACAGCAUUGUUUAGCUUUCUUUAUCACCUAUCAAGUUAUGAAGCAGGUUGCGAAGCUCUAGUUAGUUGUGGUAUGAUGGAAAGCUUGUUGAAAAUCAUGAACUGGCCUGGUAGCGAGUUUGAACAUUUAACAUUUGUAACAAGAGCAGUUCGUGUUAUAGAUUUAAUAACGAAUAUAGAUAUGCAAGGAUUCCAAGCUCACGGUGGUUUAGCGAGUUUUAUUAACCGUCUUGAUAUGGAAGUAAAUGUUUGUAGAAAAGAACAGCCUUUCGAAAUAGAGCCAAUACAUUAUCAGGAUAAUUCUCAAUCUACUCGCGAGAGAUCUAUGGAUCGUGAUGAAAAUUCUACGUCUUCACGUACUUACGAUGAGCGCGAGGAGUCGUCGAAUCCUAUGGAAUUUUCUGAAGAUGAAAACAUGAGUUCUAAAACAGAUGAUAAGAACGAACAAAUGCCAGAUUAUUCGGCUGGGAAGACUGGAAGAACUUGCCUACCACAACGAGUUACACUUUUGAAAGCGCUAUUAAAUUUUAUCAAGAAAAUUAUUCAAGAUCCCACAUUUUCUGAUAGUAUUAGACAUGUUAUGGAGGGUACUUUACCUUCCUCUUUGAGACACAUUAUUAGUAAUUCAGAGUAUUACGGGCCUUCUUUGUUCCUUAUUGCAACGGAUGCUGUAACGGUAUAUGUUUUCCAAGAACCAUCUUUAUUAUCAUCUUUGCAGGAUAAUGGAUUAACUGAUCUUGUAUUGCAUGCUUUACUAAUUAAAGAAAUUCCUGCCAGUAGAGAAGUUCUAGGAUCACUGCCUAACGUGUUUAGUGCUUUAUGUCUGAAUCAGCGUGGGCUAGAAUCAUUCGUAAAGAGACGCCCUUUCGAACGCUUGUUUAAAGUGUUACUGUCACCACUUUACCUACCUGCAAUGAACCGACGUCGAAGUACAGAUCCAUUGGGUGAUACAGCUUCAAAUUUAGGCAAUGCAAUGGACGAGUUAAUGAGACAUCAGCCAAGUCUAAAAGUUGAUGCGAUCGCUGCUGUCAUAAAGCUACUAGAAGAGCUCUGUGUAUUAGGUUGUGAUCCUCGUUACAUAUGCUUACAAGCAGAAGAUAAAUUCGAUAAUUCUCAAUCGAAUACUACUUCUGGAAAUCGUCAAUCUUCUGGACAAUCUGUUGGAGUUGGAGUUGGAGAUACUGGUGGAGGUAGAGGUGGUGGGAGUGAAAGUAGUAGCGACGAAGAAGAAGAGGAUGAGGAAGAAGCCAGUACAAGCUCUCAUCCACAACGAUGUUCGUCGUCUACUGCUCAACCAGUUCCACUACCUCAGCCUAGGGAAAAGACUCCAAUAGCUUUAAUGGAAUACAUACAAAAUGUUACAAAAUUCGUUGAUGCUAUUCUUAGUAACAAUUCCACAGACGAUCACUGCAGAGAAUUUGUGGCCCAAAAAGGUCUCGUACCACUACUAUCAAUUCUGGGGUUACCUAAUCUCCCGGUGGAUCAUUCGGUUGCCCAAACGGCACAAGCUGUAGCUUCAGUUUGUAAAAGUAUCUUAAACCUUGCACAUGAGCCACUAGUUCUUAAGACUGGUUUGUCCCAGUUGAAUGAAGUUUUGAAUCUAUUGAAACCAUUGUAUAGUUAUAUGGAAGCCCCUGGAGGGUCUGUCUUACUACACGAACUUGUUAACGCCCAGAACCUAGAAACAGCUUUUACUAGUGAUACGGCAACACCUUUGCUUCAUGCUAUGAAUGCCGCUUACGGUUACAUAAUAAUGUUCGCACAAGUGUGUCGUACUAGCCAAAGUGAAAUUAGAAACUUAGCCAUGAAUCAUUGGGGUUCAGAGCUAGGUUUAACUGUUCUGAAAGGUUUAUCAGAAUUGUAUACAGCUCUAAUCUGGGAAAGUACAGCCUUAUUAGCAUUGACUACGGAAGAUUUUAUUCCUGCUGGCUGUGACUUUGGAAAGGAAGAUAUGGACAAAUUAAUACGUCCUGAAUCUACGAAUGAAGGUGAAAGUUCUGGUUGGUCUGGUGCUGCAUCUUCUGACAUGGGGAGUAAUGGAAUGACUACAGCUAUGGAAGCUUUAAGCACGGAUCCACCUCCUGUACCUAUGGAGGUGGAUGAAAAACCAAGUGUUAGUACAGGGAGAAUAUCACCAAAUUCUCAUCGAGUUACAUAUCCUAAGCAUUUGCUUGGACUUACAUCUAAAAUGGGUAGAGCAUUGGCAGAACUUUUUGUCAUACUUGUAAAGCUUUGCAUGGGAUCCCCAAUCAGACAACGCAGAGGACAACAAAUGCCUCCAAUUCCAGCCCUUCCUUCACAAGCAUCUAGAAGCGUAGCAACCGCUUUAAAUUGCGUAUUGAUUCGCGGGUUAUCAUGGGACAAAUUACCACCAUCAACUGUACCCAAACUUCAAGUAACGUUUUUGAUGUGUACUUUGAGUUUUGUAUCUCCUGCAUUGUUCGAUGAAAAAGGAUAUCCAUUCCAUUUAAUGCUUCAAAAAUUUGUCAAACUAGGCGGACAAAAUGCAUUUUUCGCUGCUUUUCAUUGGGUAUUAUCCGGAGGUGGACAGUUUCCUUUAUCUGAAGGAUUAGAACACCCGAAUUUACCUGAUUGUACCGGAGAAUUCUUAGACGGUUGGUUAAUGAUCUUAGAAAAAAUGGUGAACCCCAAGACUCUUCUUGAUUCACCAUAUGUUGUAUCGUCAAAAUGUACUGGUAUAUACAAGGUGUAUAAAAUGUUCGAUCCUAUAAAAUAUCUCACGGAUAUUCAUAAGGAAGCCUUUGAAGCAGUAAUGCUAAUGUGGGGAAAGAAACCAUUAAAGAAUUAUGGAGUUCACAUGACAGAACUUAUUUUAUCCAUUUUACGACAUAUUCUACGAAGUGAACAAAUCAUUAAGGAACAUGCUGAAAAAGAAGAAAAUAAUGAAGGAGGAAUUAGUGGUAGCACUAGUGGCACUAGUGGAAUUGGAAGAAGCGGAGCAAUAUCCGAUCGUAGAGAAGAACCAGAAGCAGAUGUAAAUUCAGAGCAUCUCAGACAAUUAAUGGACAUGGGCUUUAGCAGGGCUCAUUGCAUAGAAGCUUUACUUCAUACAUUGUCAGUUGAACAAGCCACUGACUACUUGCUAAAUAAUCCUGCUACUCUACGUAGAUCAGAUAUGCCAACUGGUGAUGUAAGCGGACAAGACUUAAUAAUGGAUUUGGAAUUGGUAGAUGAUGAUCAAAUAAUGCACGCGAUAGCGAUGUCACUUGGCGAAACGUCGGAAACGCGAAAAGUUUUCAGCGCAGAAGAAUCUACUACACGCGAAACUACUACCAUAACAGAGAAUAUAGAUAAAUUCACGCAUAAUGCUUUAAGUCAGUGUUUAAAUUUAUUAGAUCUCAUGCCCGAUACUGUAUACAGAAUCUGCGAUUUGCUAGUCGCUAUUGCUAAAAGAAAUGGGGACGAAUGGCGUGAUAAUAUGUUACGACAACUUAUGAAAGAAAUUGGUAGCCUGGUAGAUUAUCUAAUUGAAGUUGCCGAGAGCCAAGAUCCAAAUGCUGGAAUAAAAUUAGUAGAAUGCAAAGAAGCUAAUAAAGUUACUGGACGUAUUUAUUUAUACACAAUGUUCUUUGAAGGGACAUUUCAGGAAAUGCGAGUACCCUGUGCUCAAAUUGUAGAAGAGUACGCUAUCUUAAAUAAACUUGUCCGUUUGUUAGUAGUUAGUGAGGGUCCAUUAACGGCAUGUAAAAAUAAAAUUGUCAAAGAGGGUAAUAAAGAUGCAUUAUCUGCAAAAACUAGGAAAUGGCUUGCACCUUUGUUAUUACUGAUAGAACGUUUAGAGAAAGUGGCAGUACUAACGAAAAGAAAAGAACUGAUGUAUAAAGUAACAACUAGAAUGUGGAAAUGGUUCGACUUGAGCACAGGAAAGUGGAAUUUAUAUUCACCUCUAAACAAUCGAUUAAUUAAUGAUGCAUACUGGGCUGGUGAGUCUAGUACCAGAGUAACAUGUAACAGGAGAAAAUACGUGAUUAACUUUUCUUCCAUGACUCAAAUUAAUGAGGAAAGUGCUAAUAGGAGACCCAUCACAAUGGGCUUUAAAUUGCAUACUGGAACUGAAGAUGGUGGAUCUGGAUCUGACUCGAAUAUGGAUACGGAUGAAAAUCGGAUAGAAGAUAAACGAAAUACAGUCCUACAAGGAUUAGAUCCAAGCAUGGCUCCAAGUAUCAUACGUGCUUGUGUGAGAUUAAUGGCUAUUCCGGUAGAUAGAGAUGCUUUACAUGCAGCUAUGAAAGUUUGUUUACGACUUACAAGAGAUUAUGAAAACGCCGAAAUAUUUGUUCGCGAAGGUGGUAUAAAACUUCUUUUAGAAAUGGCGCAGGCAAGCAGUUUUAUUGGUUGCAUAACAUUGAGUACUCUUUUAAUAAGACAUGCUUUAGAAGAACCAUGUACUCUUCGAUUAGCUAUGGAGAAAGUGAUUCGCAGCCGCACUCAAGGCAAUAUUCCUCCAGCUUGUAAAGAAAUCUUAUUUAUGACACGUCAGAUUAAUAGUGCUGUCUGUCGUAAUCCAGAAGUUUACAGAGAAGUUUGUGAAAACAUUUUAAGAGUAGAUAUUCGUUUGUUGGGUAAGGAAGAUGACGAUAAUAGAUUGAUCGUGAAAGCACUUCCACCAAGAAACGACCCGGUGAUGCCACUAGUAGAGAAAGCCUCAAUAUCUGUUGUAAAGGAUCUUUUAAAUGCCCUUAUAAAACCAAUGCCGGCCGUGUCUGACGAAAAAUCAUCCACACCAACGAGAAGUCCAGAAAAGAAGGCAUCUACCUACUCCAGUGUAGGAGGUUCCUCUUCUCGACGAGAUGUUCUUCGAAAUAAUGCAACGACGCCAAACGAUACUAUCGAUGAUGAGGAUCAAGUUUCCCAAAUAAUACCCAUGAAAAUUUACCCUGACAGUAGUAGCAACAGCAAAGUAGAACCAGAAGAAGCAGAAAAACCUUUAUUAACAAAAUCUGCUAUUUUAAAGAUACUCGCAGAAAGCGUUCGCUCAUAUAGUGCGGUAGCGGGUUCGAUUGCAGAUCACGUAUAUCGCGCAGGUCAAAGUGAAAUGGUACCCGAAUAUACCACAGCGCUUGCUUUUCUUCUGGAUAAGCUUUUACCUAUGUCACCAGAAAAUUCAAGCGAUAAACAAUGCAGCAGUAUGGCAAGAAUGUUGAUAGCUGCUAUUGCCUCAUGUAAUCAUUCGCCAGAUGUACAAACAACAUUGGUGAUUGAAGUAAAGUCAGCUUUAACAAGAACGCUGGCUCUUCCAGAAAGCACUGAAAAACAUGCACAACUUCAAUUACUAGUUGGUUUAAUUUCCACAAUGAUUGAUAGUUGUCCAUCAACUUCUUACUUGAAGAUGCAUCAGUAUAACAAUGUUAACUAUAUUGUGAGACUCAUGCUAAGAAAAGGAAUAAUCACAGAUUUAGCAAAAAUUCCACACAGUCUAGACCUUUCAAGUCCAAAUAUGGUGGGUACCAUUAAUGCUGCUCUGAAACCAUUGGAAUCACUUUCACGAAUCAUAAAUCAACCAAUGCCCAGCACUGUCAAUAGUAAAUAUUCCAAGCCAAAAAGCAGAACUGUUCAGGAAGAACCUAUUGGAGAACAAACAGGAACUACGACGUCAGAAGCGACACAUGCUGUUGGCGAGGAGACAAAUGAGGAUGCAGAAAACACAGAACACGACAUAUCUGUCACUGCAGAAAGUCUUGAGCCCACUUCGGAAAGUCAAGUACAUGAGGACGAAGCUGCUUUAGAAGAUAUUAUGGAUCAGCUUCUUGAAAGGGACGGACCGGGCGUGACAGAAGACCAAUCUUCUCGACCACAUAGGCCAAUGGACAUUGAUGAAGAAAGUCUUGCAAUACGGGACGGAGAAGCUGAUUUCGACCCAACCCGAGAUGCUACGGAGGAUUUGAUGAGCUCUGAUUCAAACUCUGAUAGUAAUCCAUCUGAUGAUAAUGAAGACGAAGUUCAAGAUGAUGAAGAUGAAGAAGAAGAAGAAGAGGAUGAUGGAGAAGAAAACGAAGAAGAAGAAGAAGAAGAAGAAGGAGGAUCCUCAAAUUACGAAGAAGAUGGAAUAGAAUUUUACGAAGACAUAGGAGAAAGUGGUGUAUUCCGAAUGAUUCCAUCAACGGAUCGUGAAGGUAGUGGUGUUGUAAUGAUUCGUCACAAUAUCGAUAAUCAAGACAACGUGAAUUCUUCAACUGCAGUCACGCCACGAUCUAGUCUUCCUUGGAGCACAACUUUCCCUCUUCCUUUGGGUAUAUUCGAAAAUCCUCCUUCUCUCUCUGAAAGUAGUGGUAUUAAUUCCCACUCGUUACUAAUACCACAAAGUGGCUUGGAUGUUCCUAGUACAAGAAGUCAGAGAGCUGUACGACCUCGAAGGUAUCAAUAUCUUCAAUUACAAAAUGCACGAAAUCCGAAUCCACCAGUAAUAUUACAAAGACUUUUAGGCCCAGCUGCACAAGGAAUUCCAUUAUCUGCCAGUCAGGUUUUAGCUUCCAGUUUUAGAGAUACACGUGUUGUUUUAAUGGACAAUGGUGUUGGAAUAGUGACAAAUCAAGAAGAAGAACAAAUAGAUUUUGUGGAUCAAUCUGGCUAUCUCUUUGGAUCUAAUCUUGCAACUACAAUGAGUAAUACUCCCACUGCUUUACAUUGGUGGAUCGAAGAAAGCAAAUUAUUAGAUGGAGAUUCUCAGACAGAUUGUUGUGUUGGUGUUGUACGUAAAUUAAUUCCGGGAUUGGAGAAACGUAGAAACGCAGAAUUAGGAGAACGACGAGAGAGACGUAAAAUGCAGUAUGCUUCUGAGAAAAAAGCUGAGAAAGAUAACAAAGAUGUGAAGGAUCAUUUAAAUAAUACAGAAUCUGGUUCUUCCACUAUAAUAUCAUUGGAUGAACAAAUAUCAACUGCAUCAACAUCACAAAGAGAAGAUACAAAUAAUUUCGUUCCUAGAUUUGAAACUUGUGUGGGAACAACUCGACUAGAACGAACGCUUGAUGAAGAUAUAAUUGAUGUUACUGGUGAAAUGGAUACAACAAUUCAAGAAGAUGAAGAACGACCUCCCCCACCACCACCAGAAGAACAACCGACCGAACCCAGAGAUCCUCGAAUAAGCAAUCGAAAUCCAACUUUGGAACUUGCUGAAAGUAUAGUGGAUUCCGUACUCGGACCCUGCGCGUCUGAAGCAAGCAGAUUAAGACAAUCUGAUCGUAUCGUUGAAGGAUCUAAUACUAAUGAGACACCUAAUCGACCUAACACAUCCAUAGUUGUCGAUUUCAGUCAGGAGCCUAAUGAAGACUUACUGAGAGACAUUGAUUCGUCGCAGUGGAUAAGAAUCCUUAUGGAUAGCAGACAAUCAAAUGUUGAACGAAAUGCGAAUAUCCUCAAUCAAGGACCUACUACUUCUGCAUCAGAAAAUGUAAAUCCAGAAAUACCAGAACAGCAACAACAACAGCAACAACAGACACCUCCACAACAACAACAAGAACCACAACAAUCACAGGAGCAGUCGCAACAACGACAACAACAAAAUCAACAACCUCAAGAACAACAAUUACCAGAUGGUGUAGAUCCUUCUUUCUUAGCUGCAUUACCGGAAGAUAUGCGUGAUGAAGUUAUUGCCGAACAACUUAGGCUUCAACGAAUUCGACAACGAGCACAGGCAACUGUAGUUGAGGAAUUAACAGGUCCAGUCGAAGUCAAUCCGGAAUUUUUAGCCGCAUUACCUCCAGCGAUUCAAGAGGAAGUUCUCGCGCAACAACGCUUGGAACAACAACGACAUGCAGCUGCAAGUGCUAAUCCAGAAGAUCCAGUUGAUGCAGCUGCAUUCUUCCAAAACUUACAACCUGCUCUACGACAAGCGAUUUUAACUGAUAUGGAAGAGUCGCAAAUAUCUGUACUUCCACCAGAUCUAGCUCAAGAAGCUCAAAAUCUUCGAAGGGAAUGGGAAGCUCGAAAUCGACACAUAAUGCAAGAUCGAUUUCUUAAUCAUGUUAGUCAAGGAAAUGCCGCCUUAUCUAGUAUAUUACGAAGCUCUGGUAGAGGUAGAGGCGGCGGUACACGUUAUGCAAUUCAUACAGUAGCGCAAAGAGGAUGGCAACCAUGGACACAUGGUGAUCCUAGUAUAACACAUCAUGGAGCCGGUUUACGACUCCGAGGCAGACAAUUAUUAGAUCAUGAGUCGAUGGCUUGCGUAUUGGUAUUACUGUUUGUUGAUGAACCAAAAAUUAAUACGUUAAAGCUUCAUAGAGUUAUCAGGAAUCUUUGCUAUCACGGUAGUACAAGGGAAUGGGUAGUUAGAGCCUUAUUAAGUAUCAUGGAAAGAAGUAAUGAUGAAAAUAAAGAUAUAGCCAUGGACUUUGGCGGAAAAUUUAGAAGGAAAAGCUUAGUACCUAUGAUGCAUCAUGAUUAUUGUGCUCCGAAAAUUUUUGACCAAAGAAGCAAUGCGCAGUCAUGGUUAAACAUUAGUAUUGAUGCUGCACUUGGAUGCAGAGCAAACGUUUUCCAUAUCGUCAGACAUGGUGGCAAAAAGUCAGAAAGACAAGGCAAUAGUAUCGCCAUUCAUCCGCAAGCAGCACCUACAGUAUGCAGACAUACAUUAGAGUUAUUAAUAUCUCUGGCUAAAGGUUUCCCUGGUUACUUUGUGCCAAUUAAAUCUAAAGAAUCAGACGAAAAAGAAAGUAACAAAGAGAAGGAUUCGAGUAAUAAAGAGGAAACUGGUUCGAAAGGUAAAUCCACAUCAAAACCAGGAAAGAGCGAUCAACCAGAUUUUUGGGAUAUGCUGUUGAAACUCGAUUCCUGUGCCUCAAAAAAAGGAAAAUCAGUUGCUCGAUCGCAUUCAAACUCAAACUUAGGAAACGAUUCAGAGCAUAAUGUAACCACUUUUGAGUCCUCCGCGUUCGGUCAAUUGAUUUCUAUGCUGAAUUGGUCAGUCAUUAAACGCAGCAGCCAAUUAACAGACAAAGUGUUAAAAUUGCUGUCUAUAAUUUCGGUCGGAUUUAUGGAAGUUAAUCCGUAUCGUAGACAAGAAGGAAACAAAAACAAAAGAACAGAUGUGAAUAAAGAACAAAGCAUUGCUGCGCCAGAAGAACAUCUUAAAUUGGCUGUACAAGUAUUGACGAGCAAAAGUUGUUCUGAAGAAGGAUUGGAAGAUGCAACAGCUUUGUUAUUUAAUUUGUCUAAUUGUCCUGACCCUAGUAGGCAAUUGAUAUUAAAACUACUAUUAGAAGGCGCCAUGGAAUUAGCUAACGUUGUUUGUGAUCACAUCAAAGAUUUAUUGAUGGAGAUGAAAGUUUUGAAUCGAGAACUCAGACGAAAUUCUGUCGAAGAGCAACCUUCGACUAGUACUGGUGGUUCUCGUUGGGUCCUUUUAGAUAGGUUUACCAACGAAAGUGUAGUUAUUACUGCACCGAGUAAAGUCAAAGCUGGCAGCGAUCUUCAGUUACCAUCGAUGGCUGCUCUUGUUAGCAAAACUUCUAGUCAGGCAUUUUUCUUAAGAAUACUUAAAGUGAUUGUACAAAUAAGGGAAGCUGUACGUUUAGUGAACAAUAAGAAAACAUCUAAUCAAAAUUCCGAAAGUUCUGUAGAUACUGGAAAUACUAACCAGGUUUCAGAAUCAGGUGAUUUUACACUUCAUAUAUUUACAAAUGAAAGUCAGUUUUUGUAUUUAGUAAAUAACAUAUAUAAUUUGCAGGUGAAGAAACUUCCAUUAUUAAGUGAAAGUUUAGUACUCGAUCAUUUAUGGGAAACACUUAGUGCUUGUUUGUUGGAGUUGGAAUAUACCCCAGACCAACAUGCAGUUUUAGUGUUGCAGCCUGCGGUAGAAGCAUUUUUCCUAGUACAUUCAUCAUCGAGUACUUCUCGCUAUCGUCAUCUAAAUACAAACACAGAAAAUCGUGAGGUAGUUCCUGACUUAACACCUGUUUCACCUAUAUACUCAGAUAACGAAGGUACGUCCCAAUCGGAAGCUGCUAUUAAUACUUCCUGGGACAUACAACCUCCACCACAGAAGACAUUACCACCGGACCAACUCAAGUUCCUUAAAUUUGCCGAAACUCACAGAACCGUUUUAAAUCAAAUUCUCCGUCAAACAACUACGCAUUUAGCAGAUGGACCAUUUUCCGUGUUAGUUGACCACACGAGGGUUCUUGAUUUUGACGUAAAAAGACGAUAUUUCCGAACGGAAUUAGAACGAAUGGAUGAAGGUAUUCGUAGAGAAGAAUUAGCAGUGCAUGUUCGCAGAAAUAAUGUAUUUGAAGACUCAUUCCGAGAGCUUCACCGGCGUAAUGCUGACGAAUGGAAGAAUCGCUUUUACAUAGUCUUUGAAGGUGAAGAAGGACAAGAUGCUGGAGGAUUGCUUAGGGAAUGGUAUGUUAUUAUUUCCAGGGAAAUUUUCAAUCCUAUGUAUGCUUUGUUCACUGUAAGUCCUGGCGAUCGAGUUACAUACAUGAUAAACUCUUCUUCGCACUGUAAUCCUAAUCACUUAUGUUACUAUAAAUUUGUUGGACGAGUUAUUGCUAAAGCAAUUUAUGAUAACAAACUACUGGAGUGUUAUUUCACGCGUAGUUUUUACAAACAUAUUUUGGGAAUAUUAGUGAAACAUACUGAUAUGGAAAGCGAGGAUUACAGUUUUUACAAAGGACUUGUGUACCUCACAGAACACAAUAUCGCUGAUCUUGGAUAUGAAUUAACCUUUUCCACAGAGGUAAACGAAUUCGGUGUAAAUGAUGUACGUGAUUUAAUACCAAAUGGGCGUAACAUCGUUGUUACUGAAGAAACCAAAUUAGAGUAUAUUCGGCUCGUGUGUCAAAUGAAAAUGACUGGAGCAAUUCGUAAACAAUUGAAUGCGUUCCUAGAAGGUUUUUACGAUAUUAUUCCGAAACAAUUGAUCUCUAUAUUCAAUGAACAAGAACUUGAAUUGUUAAUUAGUGGAUUACCUAAUGUAGAUAUUGAGGAUCUUAAAGCUAAUACUGAAUAUCAUAAAUAUAAUGCAAAUUCUCUACAAAUUCAAUGGUUUUGGCGUGCACUACGAGGUUUCGAUCAAGCAGAUAGAGCUAAAUUCUUGCAGUUUGUCACCGGAACUUCGAAAGUGCCGUUACAAGGUUUUGCUGCUUUAGAAGGAAUGAAUGGUAUACAAAAGUUCCAGAUUCAUCGUGAGGAUAGAUCAACAGAUAGGCUUCCGUCAGCACAUACAUGUUUCAAUCAACUAGAUCUACCCGUUUACGAAACGUAUGAUAAGCUUCGCACGAAUUUAUUAAAAGCGAUCCAUGAAUGCAGCGAAGGAUUUGGUUUCGCCUAA